GUCUCAGUAGUGGAAAAAGAAGCGCCAAGUUCUACAGUAGACGCGGUUGUCAAGUUUGUGUAUAUUUAAAACGAAACUGCGUACUUGGGAUUGUGUUUUGCGAAAAUGUAACACAUGCAUAAUAAGACUUCUUAGUGAAUAGUUAAAAUGCCCGGGCUGCAUAGCGAAGGUGGAGUUGUGGCUGCAGCAGGCAGUCCUGUGAAGAAGAGCAAACUCUCUCUAAAGUUCUUCCAGAAGAAGGACACCAAACGAGCCCUGGACUUUUCAGAGGCCCCGGCAGAAGACAACAGUACCGCAGAGCCAGAAGAGACUACUAAUCAUGACCAGGUUGUGCCAAUGCCCUGCCCUUCAUCUCCUCUCACUAGUGAGAAGCGUGAGAGCCUUGUCCCCUUCGUUGGGCUUAAUAAUUUGGGGAACACCUGCUAUCUGAACAGCAUCCUUCAGGUCUUAUAUUACUGUCCUGGUUUUAAAGAGACCAUCAAAUCUUUGUGUCAGUUGGCUAAGCUGAAAGACAAACAGCAAGAAGAUGGUGCCAAAAAUGAGGGGGACACUGGUGAGAACACCCUUCCUGUUCCCUUGGAGUUGCUGGGAAGUUUUCACAGCCUCAUCUCAUCUGUGGAACAACUGCAAUCCAGCUUCCUGCUUAACCCAGAAAAAUACAGUGACGGAGAGCUUGCCACCCCACCUCGCAAGCUGCUUAACACACUCAGGCAGCUUAAUCCAAUGUAUGAGGGUUACUUGCAGCAUGAUGCACAGGAGGUGUUACAGUGCAUACUUGCGAGCAUCCAGGAGGCCUGUGACAGUAUUAAAAAAGAGCAAAUAGACAGCCAGAAGGAUAGCACAAUGAGCAACGGAAUGGGGGAGUCUACCCACGAGGAUGACGGGAACUCUGAUGGCCAAUUGAGCGGAAAGAGAAAGAGCGACACUGAAGCAGGCAAUGCUAAGAAAAAGCCAAAAUCUCAAAGCAAAUCCAAGAAAAAUGAGGAAAACAUGCCUAUGACCCGCUCAAAGCGAAAGUCCUCCAAUGACAUAACCACAGAGAGUUCUGAGCAGAGGAAUGGAACAGAGGAGCUAGAGAGGGACAAAGGGAGCACCACAGAGGAGGAGAAGAAUGACAGUCCCCCGAAAGAGGUGGGCAAGAGGACAAGGAGAGGGAAGCUGGGCUGGUUGAAACCAUCUGGGAAGCAGCCUAGCAUUUUCUCGAAGUUCCGCAGCAUGGGGCGAAUUAGUUCACAUGUAGGAGGGAAAGGGGAGACCAAGGAGAAAUCAGAUUGUAGUGUCCAAGAGAAGCAAGAGAAGGAUACUUCAGAUAACGAGAGCAGAACUCAAGACGUUAAACAGAGUCUGGAAAAGAAUAAAGAGCAAUCAGGCCUGAAUGUGCUGAAGUGGAUGUUCCAGGGCCAGCUGGUGCUGCGGACACGCUGCCUAGAAUGCGAGUGUUUCACAGAGCGACGAGAGGACUUUCAAGACAUCAGCGUACCUGUGCAAGAGGACGAGAACAGCUCCUCUGACUCCGAUAAAGGGAUUUCUCCAGAUCCCAAGCCUGAGCUGAAAACUCUAAAGUGGGCCAUGUCUCAAUUUGCUUCUGUGGAGCGGAUUGUGGGUGAAGAUAAAUACUUCUGUGAGACCUGUCAUCACUACACAGAAGCUGAGAGAAGUCUUCUGUUUGACAAAACGCCAGAAGUCAUCACAAUCCACCUGAAAUGCUUUGCUGCCAAUGGCUCUGAGAUGGACCCUUAUGCUGGCCUUUCCAAGGUGAACACUCCUCUGCAGACCCCUCUUAAACUUUCCUUGCACGAGUGGUGCACUAACCCUGAUUCUCCAGACCAGAGCCAUAACUACGAGCUCUUCGCCGUGGUCAUGCACAGCGGAGUAACCAUCAGCAGCGGUCACUACACCACCUACAUCCGCAUGAUGGAUCUCCAUCGCACCACUCUCAAGCUUCAGUCUCAGGAUGAAGAGCAAGAACGAGACCGAGAAGAAGACACCAAACAGAAGAAAGAGGAGGUACCUCAAACAGAGUACGAUGACGGUGAGGUGUCUUUCAGCUUGUCUGGCAGAGGCCGAAAUGUGGCUAGAGCCACAAGCAUGUCCAGCAAAGCAGGAAGCAAGAGGUCCUCCGAAAGUGUUGGACUUUUAGGAGGACAAAGGAGCAUCACCAGUUAUGAGCUCAGCAACAGCAAUCAAACCAAUCCAGAGAAGGCUUCCAGCUUGGCCAGUCGUGCCACCGGCUCUCUGCUUCAGAACGCAGUGAAGAAGGAAACCGAGGAAGAGGGAGCUGAUGCUAUGGGCGACGGGACCCAAGUGAGUUUUGACCUCGCUCUGCGAAACCUUUUGGACUUUGAGGGAAAGUGGAUGCUGUUUGAUGACUCCGAAGUGAGGCUCUUUGAAGAAGAGGACUUCCUCAGAGCGUGUUCCCCCGAGACGUGCUCCACCUCUACGCCCUACCUGCUCUUCUACAAGAGAGUCUCUCAGUAAAAACAACCGAUUGGACUGUUUACAAAGUUUUACUGGUAAGACGUGGACUAUGAAAGUACAUUUGCAGGUAACUGGAAAAGCAAGUCGGGAUGUGUUAAUAGUCCAUGUGUAUGUGUAUGUUUGUGUAACAAGUGUCAGUCAGUGAAAAGCCGAUGUGAAUCUUUCAAGGCCAUGACAUUUGCUGCCACUUUUUUUUUUUUUUUUUUUCUAUUACUGUUUUUGUACUUUACUCUCUUCUUGUUGCAUCUGCUUUUCAGUGACCUUCAUGCAAAUGCACCUUGGCACUUACUGUGCACGUGACCGUUUUCUUAUACUUUCAAGCAUUCCAUAGAAGCUCUAAUGAUAAGCACAAAAUUAUUUCUUGUGCACUGAAAUUUUAUAUUUUUUUAAAAGAUCAUUUCUUGCUUCUUUGGGGUUUGUCUAAAGUAU